UCCUUUCCAUUGCCGAUUGCUUGAUACACAAAUACAAAUGUUGUUACGCCAACAGCCAAGAAGUUGCACGAACUCGACAGACACGGGCCUGACAGCGUUUCCGCGCAGUUCGCGUGUCGCUCGAUGGACGCAGGACCCGGGGGCAUGCGGGGUUACAUGCGGCCCGCAUCAGUGGGCCAGCAGCGAUUUGGGCCUGCGCGCGGCGCCCAGCACCUCGACACCGCGCGCCUCUCGACCGACUAACCUCCUGCUGCGGGCUGCGACUGCCGCGUUAGCUCCAACCAGCUCACCGGUGCUUGACGUCGGGGAGCUGGACGCGGGCUCGGCCGUCCUACAGUGGGCUUGCCAGGGCUGGGAGGGCCCGGAGCUUGACGACGAUGAGGACGGACCCGCUGGCCCCGACAGCAGCACCAGCAGCAGCAGCGGCGGCAGUAGCAGCAGCGGGGGCGCCCAGCUACGGCUGGCGGUGGGCGUGCGGGACCUAGGCGGGGGCCGCGGGCGGGGCCUGGUGGCUCUGCGGGACGUGGCGCCGGGGGAGACGCUGCUGAGCGUGUCGAUGGAGCGCGUGUUCUGCAGCGAGCCCGAGUCGGAGCUGCACUGGAGCGCCGAGAUGGGGCUGCGGUUGCUGAAGGCACGGCACGCCUCCCAACAGCAACAACAACAACAGCAACAGCAGCAGCAGCAUAAAUUACAGGGCCGGAAGGUCGCUGCGGUGGACUGGGGUGUGUGGAUUCGGUCCCUGCCGGCCGCGGUGCGCACGCCCCUGGAGUACGGCGAGGCAGAGCUCGGCACCCUGGAUCGCUACACGGCGGCGGAGGUGGCGGCUAUGCAGCAGUGCGUGCAGGAUUGCUUCGAGGCAUUGCAGCCGGAGCUCGAGGCCCUGGGCUGCGGCUGGGCGGACUUCAUGUGGGCUGUUCAGGUGUUCCACUCGCGCUGCUUCUUCGAGCCCACCAGCGGCCGCCACAUGACGGUGCCGGGCGUGGACAUGGCCAACCACACACACACGCCGACAGCAGGCGUGCGCAUCGUGCACCCCAUGUCUCAGGGCUGGGACGCCACAGCGGAGAUUGCGGAGCCGCCGCCGCCCGAGCCCAGCCGCUUCACGCUGGUGGCGGGGGAGGCCGGCAUACGGUGCGGGGAGGAGGUGACCAUCAGCUACGGCACCUGGCCGUCAGAGGCGUUCCUGUUGCUGUUCGGCUUCGUGCCCAGCCCCUGCCCCGGCGAGGCGCUGACGCUGUUCCGAGAUGCGGAGGAGGUCGUGUGCUGGUGCAUGGACCAGCAGCACGGCGGGCGCUCGGGCGGCGAGGGGCAGCGGGAGGAGGAGGAGGAGGACGACGACGACGAGGAGGAAGAGGCAGAGGCACGUAUCGCCACCGCGCUGGAGCAAGUGGCGGCGGCGCUGUCGGCGCCACAGCUUGCCGCCGACACGGAGGCCGCAGCCGUCGACCUUGCCGACUUCACGAACCUGGUGGUGACGCCGCAAGGUGUGGAUGGGCGGUUGGAGCCGUUGCUGGCGGCGGCGGCAGCAGCCGUGCGGGGGCAGGGCGAGACGGCGGCGCCGGCGGCGGGUAUGCCAGCGGCGGAAGCGCGGCAGCUGCUCGUGGCACGCCUGCGGGAGCGCGCUGCUGAGUUCGGUGACGGUGUGGGUGGGGUUGGUGGUGCGGGGCUGCACGAGCCAGCAGUUGCGGCGUUCAGGGCGAGCAAGCGCGCAGUGGCGGAGGCGGCGCUGAAUUCGUUGACGGGGGCGGCGGCGUGAGCUGGCGGUGUCAGUGCAUGGCGAUUGCGGAUAUCGUAGCGGGGCAGGCUGGCAAGUCGCAGCACGCCUUGAAUGCUGGCUUGCUGGCAUAUCACUGGGUCGCCCUCCUAUGAUCACCAUACCGGUAUACUCGCAGUAGGCUCACUUUUCAGGGGCUGGGCGCUGUGUAACGUGGCAGCGGAGGGAGUCAAGAUGCAUAAGCUGUUUAGGGGCAUGGCAGGGUUCUCUUCCAGCUUCGCCUCAGCAGUGCCUCCGGGUUCACUUCCCAUGGUUAAGGCAGCAGGAGCAAGGCUGCGAUGGGGGACUGCCCUGGGGACUGCGGCUUUCCAUUUUGCUGGCUGACUUGGAUUGCUGGCUGGUGGAGUGCGGACUGCGGAGAACUGAACGUCGAAUGCUGCCGACGACCUGUUGGAGGCCGCGCUCGUAGCUAGACGCAAAGAACGAGGGGCAGUUGAUGAGGGCGGAAUUAAGUGUGUGGCUGCCUGUGAAGGCGCUGCCUUUAUGUGCACAGUCCACACACUCCAGUCGUGCAGCUGGGCAAACAGGCAACUGUGCCACACAAACGCCGGGACUUCACGACGUACUC